AUGGAGAAGAAGAAUGGGGUUAAGGCUCUAGCCAAGAAAGAACCAAACUACAGAGGAAUCAAAGCCAUGCCCUUUGUUAUAGGUAAUGAGACAUUUGAGAAGCUUGGAACUAUUGGGACAUCAACAAAUCUCGGAAUCCGGCCGUGCAACCUCGCGUUCGGGGCCGACCAGUUCGACCCGGGCACGGAUUCCGGCAAGAGGGGCAUCAAUAGCUUCUUCAAUUGGUACUACUUCACCUUCACGUUCGCGAUGAUGGUCUCGUUGACCGUUAUCGUUUACGUGCAGUCGAGCAUCAGUUGGGCCAUCGGGCUCGGAAUACCGACUUUCCUCAUGUUCCUAUCGUGCGUGUUUUUUUUCAUCGGGACGAGGAUUUACGUGGUGGUCCCGCCUCAGGGGAGCCCCCUCACGAGCGUGGUGCAGACGGUGACCGUCGCGGUCAAGAAGAGGCGGCUAGAGCUACCCGAGCUUCCCGAGGCUGCCCUUUUUAAUCACGUCCCGGAGGACUCGAUUAACUCCCGGCUAGCUUACUCGGAUCAACUCAGGUUCCUCAACAAAGCCGCAAUUCUAACAUCGGAGGACAAAAUAAACUCAGACGGGUCAGCAUCUGAUCCAUGGAAUCUCCGAAGCGUGCAACAAGUGGAGGAGAUAAAGUGCGUCGUUAGAGUUAUCCCCAUAUGGAUAGCAUGCAUCGUCUACUUCAUAUUCUUGGUUGUGCAAAGCUACACUGUCCUCCAAGCCCUCCAAGUCGACCGUCGUUUGGCGGGCACAAGUUUCAAAAUCCCGGCCGCCUCGUACACAGUUUUAUCCAUGUUGACCUUGACGAUAUGGAUCCCGAUUUACGAUAGGGUUUUGGUCCCACUGCUGAGACGGGUCACAAGAAAGGAUGAGGGAAUCACACUGCUCCAGAGGUUGGGAAUCGGGUUAGUUUUCGCGAUCUUGACGAUGUUCGUCUCAGGUCUCGUGGAGAACCGGAGGCGGAUACUGGCGCUGACCGAGCCCACGCUCAGUUUCGAGCCGAGAAAAGGGGCGGUCUCGUCGAUGUCUGGGAACUGGCUGAUUCCACAGCUGGCGCUGGCUGGGAUGUCAGAGGCGUUCUGCAUGAUCGGGCAGUACGAGUUUUACUACAAGCAGUUCCCAGAGAACAUGAGGAGCUUCGGGGGCUCGUUCGUGUUCAUGGGGUACGCGGCCGCCAGUUAUCUUGGCAGUCUCCUGAUUUUGGUCGUUCACAACACCACGCAGGUCGGGGGAGAUGAGAAUUGGUUGGCGGAGGAUUUGAACAAGGGGAGGUUGGACUAUUUCUACUACCUCGUUGGCGUGUUGGAGGCUUUGAAUUUGGGGUAUUUCUUGAUUUGUUCCAAGUGGUUCAAGUACAAGAGAAGUGAAACCAUGGAUGUGGCUAUGGAGAAAAUUGAUGCUCAAAAGGGUGUGGUGUAG